CAGAUGAAGCUCCGCUAUCUUUAGCUCUGCCACGGAUUACUGAGCAGUGUAGGCUGGCCGCGUCCGGGUACGACUCGGCUUAACGGUGUGUGUAAUUAGUGCCUACGGUCUCCUCUUUAACAGAAAAAACUACAAAAAAAAAAAAAAAAGAAGAAGAAAAAAAGAAAACAGAAACAAAGAACAAAAGUAAUGGGGGAAUGACAGCACUAUCCGUCCCCGUCUGCGGCUCUCCGUCAUCGAGAAGACCCCGAGGAUGCUGCUACUCUCGAGCCCGCGGAACGGACGCCAGCGCCGGGCCUCGCUGCUGCUGCUGCUCGCCUUGGUCGUCGGCUGUGUCAUUCCUGUCAGUGCUAGCAUGCCAGCUCACAGUAAGUGCCCUUCCCUCAUAGACUGUGCCGUGGAGCGUCGGCAGAACUGCAGGGAGGGAUCCAACCACUGUGGCCCCUGCUUUAAGUUUUUUGUGGAGAAUGAGGAAGGAAAAUGCGUGAAGAGGAAGUACCAUCAUAAUGUCAAAUCGAAAGUUUACUCUGACCUGGAGGGAGAGAUUGAUUAUCUCCACUCCAUCAUUGAGAAACAGCAGGUCUCAGUGAUCAAAACCACAAAACAGCAGAACAAACAUCCUGCUGCUGCAGCCUUUCGGACAGAUGCUAAAAAAGGCAAAACAGAGACCUCCAACCCAAAAGAGAGAAACCAGAACCAACUCACAAAUAAGACCACCACUCUAGCCCCUCCACCUUCAGUUUCUGAACUGGAAACACUGGCCCCUGAGACAGGAGCCACUGCAGGGGGUGAUCGAGGCGGUCCUGUAGUCGUGCAGACAAAACAGAACAACAGCAUUUUUAUCAUUCUGACCUCACUGUUUGCAGCCGUGGGCGCUUUAGCAUUGGUCAUGGCAACAGUCUGUUUUGUCAAGUUAAAGAAAGAAUCCCGUCUGGCUCAGAAGGUUGACUACCCUGCUUUCAAAGGGUCAACCCCGCCUGCUGCCACAGCAAACGGUUCCUCGGUGGGAGAUAACCGUCUGGCCCACAGUGCUCAGAUGUAUCAUUACCAGCAUCAAAAACAGCAGAUGCUUUCAGUGGGGAACCACAAACCAGAACAGAAAACCGUUGAUACCGAGGUCACAUCAGAUGAGGAGGAACUGGGAGGGGACUUCACAGUAUACGAGUGCCCUGGACUUGCACCUACAGGAGAGAUGGAAGUGAAGAACCCCCUGUUUGAUGACUCGACUUUACAGUACCAGGGGAAUCAGAAAUGAAUGAUAGACACUUUACACACUGACACACACUCAUAUCAACAUACACAAGCCCAUCUCUGUGGAAGGAAGCUCCUGAUCUCACACUGCAUGCAUAGAAAUGAAGAAUACUGACAGAGGAUGAGGUGAUAAAGAUGAUUGUUUUCUUCUUGGCCCUUUACUCUUUCUGCCCUGCUUUUAAUUCUUCAAAAAUAUGUGGGUUUCCUUGUUAUAUAUUUGUGUCAUUGUUUUUGCGCAUUCCUUUCUAUCAACAUAAUGUUUUUAGAGUCUCUAUGUAACUGUAUGUUCAAUUUUUCUGCUCCGUUUUUUGUUUUCCUCCAUUUUCUGCUGCUGUUUCCAAAGAAUGUGAUCACAGACAUUUACAAAAACACACCAACUUCAGUGAAGAAACGGGUGCCCUCCUUUGUUUUUUGUCUUGCUAAGCUCGUGGCUGAACCACAUUCCAGACAGAUUCCCAGGAAAUCUGUCCAAUCAGGUCUCUGCGAUGCCUCUGAAAACACAAAGUUUAGCAUUAAAAUUGUUAGCGCUGCUGUUGCUGAUUUUAUUCCUCAUCUAUGAACUGCACAUAAAAUAUUUUAAGAAGAUAGAUUAUUAAUAUAUAAAUCUUUGGAAUGAAGUACUUGAUGAUGUCUGUUUGCAUGGUUUGACCGUGUUUGAAUCAUGGCGAUGCUUUGAUGAUUAUUCUGCCUCCUGUAUGUUUGUGUCCUGUUGCUAGGGGACUGUAAAGUUGAAGGGAACCUCUGAGCACUUGAAUGAAAUAUUUGGAGACAAACUAUAAUGAUGGAUGUUUAGAUGGUAAAUAUAUAUCUCUCUACAUGUCCCUCUUUCCUCUUCAUCCUCCUGUCGCUCUGAAGUUAACCCCCAUGCUUCAAAAUGUACAGAAAAAGAGUGAAGUGUUCACUUUUUAUAGAUAUUUGUACAUGCAGACCAAGCAUUGGAAUUAAAAAUUUUUACCACA